AUGAAGUUCUAUACAGCCUUGGCGCUUCAAGACUUAGUCAAUGAAGUUCCUCUCUCAGAAGUAGCCGCAAAGUUUCAGUGUGCUAGAGGUUUUCUUCAAGGACUUCAACAAGCUGCUGCAACAUUUGCUGGUAUGGUAACAGCUUUCUGUCGGCAACUAGGCUGGAAAAAUUUGGAAUUACUUGUUUCACAAUUUCAAGACCGGCUUCACUUUGGAGUUCAUUCUGAUCUGUUAGAUUUAAUGAAGUUAUCAUCCUUAAAUGGUGUAAGAGCGCGAACGCUCUUUGAUGCUGGAUUUGAGACAAUUUCUAGUAUCGCCUCGGCAGAUGUAAAUGUUAUAGAAAAUGCUUUGUACAAGGCUGUACCAUUCCAGAGUGAAAAGGGCAGAGAAGGUGAUGAUUUGGCUGAUGUUCGAAAAAGGAAUAAAAUCAGAAAUAUCUGGAUUACAGGAUUUUGUGGUAUGACUGCAAAAGAGGCAGCAGAAAACCUUAUUCUAGAAGCAAGAAAAUAUGUAGAAUUAGAAAUUGGUGUAACUGAAAUAAAAUGGGAAAACAAAUCAAGUACUGAAAAUCAAUGUGGUGAUGAUGGUAUCCACCAAAAAAAAGUAUAUUACACCCAAAAUGAAACUUGUCCCCAGAAGUGUGAUAGUAAAAUAAUUGUUCAGUGUAGUACAUUAGAAUCGGAAACAUUGGUAUCACUAAAGAGUGAUAAAACAAUAUUAGAAAAUUAUACCCCUUUUAAUAGGAAUACAGUUCAAAUUGAACCUGAUAAAGAAUUGAAAUCUGAGAAGGAAAGAAAUGCAUUGGCGGAAAAAAAUUCACUCAAAGAUACAAGUCAAAUUUGUGAGGCUGAUAUUAACUCACAAGAGAAAACAUUACAAAAUCACAACAAAUACUUAACUUUAAAGUUGAAGAAUGAUACAUUAUGGGAUUCAUUGAACAUUAAUGAUACAGCUUUGGAUAAUAUUUCAAAACUUCCUAUGUCUGCUAAAGUUUUAUCACCAAAUAUAAGCUUUGGCGAAUUUGAACAAAAUAUUGAUUCAAAAGAAACUAAAAGUAAUAAGUCAUUUAACACAACUGAAAAAGAUGUCAGUAUGUUUUCAUCUGAAGGUGAUAAUUCGAGUCUAUUUGAAGAUAGUUUACCUUUAGAUUUAAUUCCAAAUACUGUACUAGAUACUAAAAAAGAAACUUUUCAAAAUGAUAUGACGCAUUCUCAAUAUAUAAAUUCUAGUUCAAUAUUAGAAGCGUUUAAAAUGUCUAUUAUUGAUGAAGACGAUAACAUGAAAUUAGUUAACGAUGUAGAUAAUAUUGAAAAAACUGACAUUGAUAAAGUUAAAAAAGAAAUUAAAGGUUGCAUACCUGAUAAUGCAGAUGAGAUUUCUACUCAAGGUGUUACUGAUUCUUGGGUUCAUAAAGAUUUCAUAAGUCCCUUAAAGCGCGAAAAUAAUUCUAUUAAAAAUAUCUGUUACCCUCAGGCCAAAAGGAAAAAGCAUACUAGAUCAAUCUUGAAUAUGAAAACGAUAUCAAAUAAAAAACCCUUACAAAUUAACUCUGUAAAUUCAUACAAUUUUAAAAUGAAAGUGAAUAACAAUACAAUUGAGUGUUAUAUUUUACGGGAAACAGAUGUUAUUGUUAAUUUAGAAAUUUUAAAUACAAUCGAUUUAGCUAGCUUUAUAACAAUUAAUUAUGAAUCAGGUAAUUGCGCAAAUAGAAUAGGCACUGAUAUUCUCGAAGAUAAAACCUUAAGGAGUAGUCGAUCGAGAACAUGCGAUUCAAAUUCUCAGAUCCAUGGAAUAUGUUUUUAUUUCCAACCUGCAAUUUGCAUAUUUCUUGAUUUGUCUUCACUUAAUAAUUUAAAGGAAUUCACAAAUAAAUUGUCAAAAAUUUUGAUGAGAUCUACUUUAAAAAUGCGAUCUAUGUGGGUUAAGAAACAUUAUUUAUAUCUUAUCAAGUUGUUGGGUUAUUUCUCACAAACAUUUUCCGAUAUAUUAGUUGCUGAGUGGUUGAUGGAUAACAAAGAAGAUAUGUCCAGCGUUCGUGAAUUGAUAAAGAAAUAUCGUAGCGUUGAUCUGUUAAAUACAAACAUUACAGUCGAUGGUAAUGCGAAGAAUUAUAAUGAGCUAGAUAAAGUUGAAGAAUCGUGUCUUAAAUCUUGGUGUUUGUUUGAUAUUGCUGAUGAACAAGAUAAAUGCUUUUUCGAUAAAUAUCACUUUGCGAUGUCUAUUAUUGAGAUGGAAAAUCAUGUGUUAAAAAUAUUGGCGUGCAGCGAAUACCAGGGAAUCAUGGUUGAUAAGGAACUCGCGUCUCGACUUUUGGUUGAUGUGAAAAGCUCGCAAGAGAUACUUCAGAAAAAGGCAUUCAAGAUAUGCGGAUAUCACUUUAAUUUUAAUUCGUCGAAGGAUGUCGCUAAGGUAUUAGGUAUUUACAAAGGUCGCAAAGUAAGUACAAAGAAAAGCGUGCUUACGGCCCAUAACAGUCCGAUGGCGAGCAUCGUGAUCUAUUGGAGGAAACUCAACUCUAUUUUGACGAAGACCUUGUACCCGCUCACUGAAAAGGCUUACAUGUGUAGUGCAGAUAAUAAGAUAAAUCCUUCGUACACGUUGUUCACUUGCACCGGUCGAAUUAGUAUGCACGAACCGAACUUACAAAACGUGCCACGAACAUUUUCCGUACCCAUGAAAUACCUGAAAGUUGUGGACGACUUUGAACCUUGCGACGACGCAGCAGAGUUCAAUUGCAGAAACAUUUUCAAAGCGUCGCCGGGCUAUGUGUUUGUUUCGGCGGAUUAUUGCCAACUGGAAAUGAGAAUCUUAACCCACUAUAGUAAGGACGCGGUUUUGUCACGGAUUAUGAAAUCGGAUGUGGACGUUUUUAAGUCUAUAGCCGCUUCUUGGGGGGGAGUUCCAGAAAGUAAGGUGGAUGACGACCUCCGUCAAAAAGCGAAACAGCUAUGUUACGGAAUCCUUUACGGAAUGGGGAACCGUACGUUGUCUCAACAUUUAGAUGUAUCCGAAAUGGAAGCUGCUAUGUUCAUGGAUAGCUUUUACAAUACGUAUCCCGAUGUGCGGAAAUUUACCCAAAAUGUGGUACAGGAGUGCCGGAGCAAGGGCUACGUGGAGACUCUGAUGAAACGCAGAAGAUAUUUACCUGACAUUAACAGCGUCGUGGUCUCCAAGAGAAAUACUGCAGAGCGCCAAGCUGUAAAUACCACAGUACAAGGAUCAGCUGCAGACAUAGCAAAGGCAGCGAUGUGUGCAAUAGACAAUAGAACAUACGGAGAUAUAAAACCACACCUCGUUCUACAAAUGCAUGAUGAACUUAUCUAUGAAGUGGUCGAAUAUAAGAAAAACGAUUUUAUAAAUAUUCUGAAAGACGUUAUGGAGACAACAGUUAGAUUAAAUGUACCUUUGCCAGUUAAAGUGAAAUCGGGAUAUACGUGGGGUGCUUUGGAAGAAAUUAAAAUGUAAUAUAAAAUAGUUAAAUUUAGAAAUAUAAGCCCUGUGAUAUUUUAGAUAUAACUUUGCCUUAAUAAAUUUUUUGUACAAUA